UUUUGCUUCCAAUCUCCCCCAAUUCGACACUGUUGAACAAUGAUUAAUGGCCACAACCUGGUUUCAUCAGACAAUUCCAACACUUAGAUAUUCCAUUGCAACAACACUCUCACCCACUAAGACAACCUCUCCCAGCUCUUCAUUAUCGGUUGUUGAGCCCUCAAAAACACGUUUAAUAUGAUUCCUCUUUGUUUUAUUUCCUUGGGACCAAGAAGGAAUGGGGAAAUGGUUGUAAUAUUGUAAACAAGAAAGGAGAAAAGCUGGUGCUGGGCCAUGGCAAUCCAUAUUCCACAACAACCCUUGUCUUAUUUCCUUCUUCUUUACUACAACAUCUACUGUUGUUGUCACCACCUUUCUCUCUCUCAAGUCUUUGCUUUCAGUGCUUGCCUUCAUCUAAAAGUAUCUCUUUUUUUCUUUGCUUUGACGGCUUUGUUGAUACUGUCCGUUUGAUUUUCAGUUGGAUAGAGAGAUUUGCUAUCAGCAUGGGUUCUGGAAAUGUGUUGAAGACAAUUAUAAAGAUAGUGAAAGAUGACAGCUCAAAGCAAGUGAAGGGAUCUUCAGCUUCUACAAAAUCCAAGGGCUCCAAAUGUAAGAAACGCCAGCGAAAAACAAGGUUUAUUAGUAGAGAUGCCAAUGCUCUUGGUAUACCUAUUGAGGAUUUAGCAGCAAUUCGGAUUCAGACUGCAUUCUGGGCUUAUAGGGUAGAAUGGUCUGGUGGCCCAGACACAAAGGAAGAAAUUCUGACAAAGAUACAGACGAAAGAAGCAGCAGCUGUUAAGCGGGAACGAACCAUGGCAUAUGCCUUCUCCCAUCAGUGGAGGGCUCCCAAAUCUAUCAAUAAUGGGAUCAGCAGUUAUAAACUUGCUAAUGCUAAUUGGGGUUGGAGUUGGGUGGAACGAUGGAUUGCUGUUUGGCCAUGGGAAAGGUGGCUCCCUACUCCGUCGGUGACACCUAAAUCGACCCCUAAGAAACCUCAGAACAAACAGACAGGCAAGGCAGGUAAAAACUCAGAUUCGCCGAAGCCAAAAGCAUCCCUUUCAGCUAAACCCCCACUGUCCAAUGGGAAGGGAACUGUGAAGCCUAGGAGGUUGUCUUACCCUGGUGCUGAGAAACCGGCUGCACGUCGAGAGAACACUGAAGCUGAAAAGCUAAAGCAUCGAAAAAGAAGAGAGAACCACUUAGCUGCAAGCUAAAUAUAUAGCUCGAAUGUCGAUUCAGUUUCAUAAGUGAGCACAUUUGUUUUCUUUUAGUUGGGUGUGGAAAGGUACAUAUAUUUAUACUAUGCUUUUGCUUCUAGGCCCUUUGUAGAUAAUAAUAGCAAGAAAGUAUGCUUUGUAUGAGAACAGAAAUGGUGAUUCUUUCUAUUUGUUAUUUUUGUUUUAUUGCCUUUGAACUUCUGUUUGGCACAUGCAUAAUGGAAAGGGACACUAUAUUUUGUAGUGAUGUAA